GAGAGAGAGAGAGAGAUGGAAGACACCAAAUUAUCCAACGGUGUUGGGGUUGAAGGAGACAUUGAAACUGGAAGCAUUGGGGGUGGAAGUGGUAGAGGCGCUGUGUCUUGUGAUGUACCAUGCAGUGACAGCAGAGAAGUUGAAACAAAGGGCUUGAGAGAUAGAACUAUGAGUUUCUUUCAUUUAUACCAACCUCAUCCAAGGAAACCUAAGGAAUAUCAUUCAGUGCAAACCGUACUAUUGGCAUACCAAUCUCUAGGCAUAGUCUACGGAGACCUCGGAACCUCUCCUCUCUACGUGUUCUCCUCUAUUCGUCUCUCAAACCCGGGUGAAGAAGAUCUGCUAGGAAUUUUCAGUCUCAUCUUCUGGACUUUAACUUCGAUCGCUCUGAUCAAAUACGUGUUCGUAGUUCUCCGUGCAGACGAUCACGGAGAAGGCGGUACUUUCGCUCUGUAUUCCUUUCUAUGUCGGCAUAUAAAUUUUCAGAGCAAGCUUACGAUUCAGAACACGAGAUUGGAUUCGGAUGCAAAAAUGAAGUAUUAUACAUUGGGGAGUAGGAUGAAAUCGAAGACCAAGGAGUUGCUGGAGAGAAGCUCGGCUGCACAGAGCUUUCUGAGCUUUGUUGUGUUGCUUGGGACUUGCAUGGUCAUUGGUGAUGGCGCUUUAACUCCUGCCACUAGUGUUCUCUCAGCUCUACAAGGAAUUCAAUCAGUCUCCUCAAGCAUAACACAAAAACAUGUCAUAAUCAUGGCGGUUGUGCUCCUCGUGGCACUCUUCAUAUUCCAGCAGUGCGGUACGAGCAAAGUGAGUUCCUCAUUCUCUCCGAUCAUGCUGAUGUGGUUCGGCUCAAACAUCGCCAUCGGAGUAUACAACAUUGUUAAAUAUGAACCCUCUGUUUUCAAGGCCUUGUCUCCUCACUAUAUCAUCAUAUUUUUUUCAAGAAAUGGAGUCACUGGAUGGACUCUCCUUGGUGCUAUAUUUUUGUGCAUAACUGGGGCUGAGGCUAUGUUUGCUGAUUUGGGUCACUUCAACAAGAAUUCAAUUCAGUUGGCUUUCUCUUCAUUCGUUUACCCAGCACUAGUCAUCACCUACGCGGGGGAAGCGGCUUAUCUGAUAAAACACCCACAUCGAAUGGGCAACGCUUUUUACAGUUCCAUUCCUGAGCCAGUGUACUGGCCUAUGUUCGUUGUAUCGACACUUGCUGCCAUUGUUGCAAGCCAGUCCAUGAUCUCUGCUACCUUUUCAAUUGUGAAGCAGUCUCUAGCUCUGGGUUGCUUCCCUAGGGUUAACAUGGUGCACACUUCAUCAAAGCAUGAAGGACAAGUCUACUCUCCAGAGAUAAACUAUACUCUUAUGAUUAUUUGUAUUGCUCUUGUGGUUGGAUUCCAAGAUGGUGUUCAACUUGGAAAUGCCUUUGGUGUGGUGGUUGUCUGGGUGAUGAUCAUAACAACUUGCUUGAUAACCCUAGUGAUGCUGGUGAUCUGGGACACAAAUCUCAUCCUUGUCUCCGGCUUUUUCACGAUUUUUGUCACAAUCGAAGGUGUGUACAUGACAUCCUUGCUCAACAAAGUCCCUCAAGGAGGCUGGGCACCAUUCGCCAUCUCCGCUUUCUUCUUGACGGUCAUGCUGUCAUGGACAUACGGGAGGAGCCAGAAGAGCAUCUACGAAGCACAACAGAAAAUGAGCUUACGUGAACUCGACGACACGCUCUCAAGCGCCUCUGUCCAACGACCACAGGGGAUUUGCUUCUUCUGCACUGACCUUGUCAAUGGCAUCCCACCCAUCAUUCGGCGUUACAUUCAUCAUGCGAACUCUGUACGCAAAAUCAUGGUGAUUGUCACAGUAAGGACUCUGCCGAUCACAACUGUCCUCCCGGAGGAGAGGUUGGUGGUGGGGAAGUUGGGACUUGACGGUGUUUAUCGAUGUUUGGUUCAGUUUGGUUACAAGGAUUUGCCGAGCAUGGAAGGAGACGAUUAUGUUAGUUCUGUGGUUGCGAAACUUCGCGAGCAGGCUGAAACAACAGAGGAGAUAGAGAAAUUGGAUUCGGCGAUGAAGGAGGGAGUGGUGUUUGUGAUGGGAAGGACUAUCUUGAAAGCAAACAAGAAUAGAAGAUGGCUCUUGCGAUUCACUAUAAAUUAUUUGUACAGGUUUUUGCAGAAGAAUUGCAGGUCGGGAGUUUCAACUCUAAAAGUCCCACAGGAAAAGACUUUGCAAGUCGGAAUGUUUUAUGAGAUCUAAGUAACCAUAUAAGAUGCAAUAAAGAUAUGUACACAAAGUUACAAUCAAAAAAAUAAAUAUGUUACUGAAAUUCAACUCUUGUAGACGAGUCUCAAUACACCACACUGAUCAAUUAUAAAGUUGAGCAUUUCAAUAGUGUGCAUUUAUGCAGUCAAGUAAUAUAUAAUGCCCGUUUGAUACUAUUUUUUAUACAAAUGAAAGUCAACAAAAAAAAAAAAAAAAAUUAAAAAUUGAUAAGAGUUAAAAAUAUUCAUCAUCUGAUUUCUCAAUAAUAAACUUAUUUAGGCUUUUGUUAACUUUUAAAUUAUAAUACCAAACAUUCUUGUAUGAAUUUGUGAACUAAAUUUAUUAUACCAAGUUGAAUUUAGAUUAUACACUUAUGUAACUUUUACGACACCCCGAUCCAAACUGACAUAUAAGUAACCUAACACGUGGUCUUAACUUUCAUCCCACUCUCAGAUGCACGAGAUUGUAACUUUCGUAUAUUAUAACAGAUACAUUACAGUGCUAUAUCAUUUUCUCAUAUAUAUCAACGUGAAUUCCACAAAUGUGGACUUCAUAAGUUUGUGUGAGCCAUUAUAGAAACCAACACUUUCAAGAUUUGAUUCCAAUUUUCAGAAAGUCAGGAUGUACUAGUUCAUCACAGGAUAGCACGAUUAGGCCACGUGUACUGCCUGCUUCAUGAGUGUAAGGCACAGCCCCACCUCCACACCCAAACAAUUUGAGAAAACCGGUAUAGAAACCAGGUAACCAGGUGGGCGCAUCC